UGAAGCAUUUCACUUCACUCCCUUGCCCAAUAAUCACAACACACCACAUUAAGAGUAGGGACAAUUCCAUUGCUGAGCUUGUCCCCAGCAUCUGGCCUACUCUCAGGGUCUGCUGUUUAAUGUCCUACCCUUAAUAAUAAUGGGUUGUUGUGAGUUUUCCAGGCUGUAGGGCCAUGUUCCCAAAGCACUCUCUCCUGACGUUUCGCCUGCAUCCAUGGCACGCAUCCUCAGAGGUUGGGACAACCAGAAAACUCACAACAACCCAGUGAUUCCAGCCAUGAAAGCCUUCGACAAUACAAUAAUAAUAAUAAUAAUAUUGACAUGGGGGUGGCAUUUUAUCCCGAUUACCUGUUGAAGUAACCUAAACUGACCUCUCUGGCGCAUGUAUUUGCUCAGACAAGUGAAGAGGCUCCUUUGCAGAAGGGGAGGGGGGGGGAGAGGAAGAGCACCUAAGGGUAUUCCUGCGCACCUUUCAUAACCCUGUUUCAUUCACCAGAUAUGAGGGCGGCUCUGUUUUUGUUCCCCUUUUUUCCUGCUGGCGAAGGGCUGGUUCUUUUUCACCUCCCCGUCACCCCACGAGCCCCUGAUUUCCUUGUCAUUUUCUUCCUAGCCUGUCUUGUGCUGCUGGUGGAUUGAUGAAUCCAGAUCGCGUGUGAGCUAGAGAGAGAGAAAGAGAGAGAGAGAGAGAGGCUCACCACCGGGAUUUUGAGGAAUUUGCCUGUGGUGUUAAAGGGAAGGGAAGAAGUAAGAGAAACUGCGAGAGAGCUCUACCUAUCGACGGAUAUAAGAGAAGUCAAGAGCAUUAGGCAUAAGCAGCAGCCAUACCCACUCAGGCACUAUGAAGCGUCUUUGAGAGAGAGAGGGGGAGAGAGAGAGGGAGAGGGGGCAGAGAGAGAGAGCAGAGAGAGAGAGAGCGGGAGCAUUUUUUUAAACAAAAAACAAAAAACAACCCACAACCAGCCACUAACCAGGACUUUGCAGAGUCCAGGGAGAGGGAAAAGCGAGGGUCCUUAGCCCUGAUCUCUUAACAACAGAAUUAAAGACUUCCUUUUCCUUUCUUUCUUUUUUUUCCCUUCAGAAAAGGGCAUUAUUUAUUUAUAUUUGGGGGGGAAGGAGGUUGGCGUUCCCCUCUUUCUUCCUUCCUUCCUUCCUCUCCUCUCCUCUCUCCUCUUCUCUCAUGCGAGAGCCAUGAGUUCCUAUUUUGUCAAUCCGCUCUUCUCCAAGUACAAAGGCGGGGAGUCCUUGGAGCCAACUUACUACGACUGCCGAUUUCCACAAAGUGUAAGCAGAAGCCAUGCUCUCGUGUACGGUCCGGGCACCACGGCUCCCAGCUUCCAACACCCUUCCCACCACGUCCAGGAGUUCUUCCACCACGGCACCUCCAGCAUCUCCAACUCGGGAUACCAGCAAAAUCCAUGCGCCUUGGCGUGCCACGGAGACGCGUCCAAAUUCUAUGGAUACGAAGCCCUACCCAGGCAGUCGCUUUAUGGUGCCCAGCAAGAGGCAACCGUGGUACAAUAUCCUGACUGUAAAUCCUCUUCCAACAGUAACUCUAGCGAGGGACAAGGGCAUUUAAAUCAAAAUUCUUCUCCCAGCCUUAUGUUCCCAUGGAUGAGACCUCACGCUCCCGGAAGGCGCAGUGGCAGGCAGACUUACAGCCGGUAUCAGACCUUGGAGCUAGAGAAGGAAUUCCUCUUCAACCCCUAUUUGACACGGAAGCGGCGCAUUGAGGUCUCUCAUGCCCUGGGACUGACAGAGAGGCAGGUCAAGAUAUGGUUCCAGAACCGGAGGAUGAAAUGGAAGAAAGAAAACAACAAGGAUAAACUCCCCGGAGCCAGGGACGAGGAGAAAACCGAGGAGGAAACCAACGAGGAAGAGGAAAAAGAAGAGGAGGAAAAAGAAGAAAGCAAGGACUGAGGCUCUCCCUCAGCUCCUUGAAGUCCUCGUUUUAUGGCAGAUGAUAAAUCGAGAUGUUUACGACGGUCAUUCGCUUUUAUAGAGUAUAGAAUGGAGAGACUCUCACACAACAGUAACUACCUGUCAAACAGUUGUAUUCUCCCCCCUCCCUUCUUUUUUUUACAAUCAUAGAGCUUCCCCGGGUUUUCCCCAUUCCUUAACGCUGAUUUUUCCCCUCCCCCUGCAAAAAAAUUGAUUUAAUUCUUCUCCCAAAUAAACAAAAGUAGACCUGGAUUGACUACAACCCAACCUCAAUCCAGGAUGAUCCAUUUCAAUAGCAAUGGAUCUCACCACCAGCAAGAGUGAAAUUCCCCUGCCUCGCUUUACCCCUUUCCUAUAAUUUAGUUAUAAGCGAAUUCAUGCUAUCUUAGAUAUUUAUUUGAAGACCAGGAAGAACUUUCCUUUCUUCUAGGUCCCCUUCCACACAGCUGAAUAAAAUCCCACAUUAUCUGCUUUGAAUUGGAUUAUAUGGCAGUGUGGACUCAGAUACUCUAGUUCAAAGCAGAUAUUGUGGGAUUUUCUGUCUUGAUAUUCUGGGUUAUGUGGCUGUGUGGGAAAAGCCCUGAAUCCACAAUGCCAUAUAUUCCAGUUCAAAGCAGAUAUUGUGGGAUUUUCUGUCUUAAUAUUCUGGGUUAUGUGGCUGUGUGGAAGGGGCCCUGAGUCCACAAUGCCAUCUAUUCCACUUCAAAGUAGAUCUUGUGGGAUUUUUCUACCUUGAUAUUCUGGGUUAUAUGGCUGUGUGGAAGGGCCCUAAGUCUUGUUUUCCACCUCAAACCUACCCCCGCCCAACCAUUUCCCCAAGUUUAAUAAUAAUGUAAAGGGGAUUGGUGGCUGGGCGGGAGUGUGCUUUUUUUUUUGCUUAGGUUUUACUUAGAGCAAAUAUUUUCUUUUGAAGACAAAUGCCAACCAACAACAAAGCUAUCUACCUACAUUUUCUGCCAAGCUAAAAUCCAAUUUGGGAUUUUUUUUAAUUUGUAGCUGUCAGUCUGUAUCAAUAGAAGGACAAUAUUUUGGUGUGUGUGUUUGUGUUGGAGGGGAGAUGGAGGCUGGACAGAUGCCUUGAAUACAGAGCCACAUGCUUCUGAGAUAUAUACAUAUACAUACACACGCAUAUAUAUGCAUAUGUAUGUGUGUAUAUGUGUAUGUGUGUGUGUGUGUGUGUAAUUCACACACACACUCACAUACCUGAACGUAUUUGUAUGCAAAGUCUACCUAUCUGCGCCCUGCGAUUUGGCAGGCAAAAGUUGAUCACCCUAGGCAUAUUUACUUGGGAAGAAGUCCCAUGCAGAUCAGCGAGUUUGACAUUUGAGUCAAGAUGCCUAGGAGAACUGUGAAGGACGUGAAACUAUAAUGAUUUCUAUGGGGUUUGUUUCUUAGAUUACUUGUGUGAGCACUCGAAAUUCUUAACAUACUACCUAGUGGGAAACCUGCAAUAAUCAUCUAUUCGCAACAAGGUGGGGGGCUUACACGUAUUAAAAAGGGAAAAAGAAAAAAGGAAAUGGGAGGGGGAGGGGGAGGGGGGAAGGAAAGGAAAGGAAAAGCAACUUCGUGGAAAUCAUUUUGAAAUCAAGAGUUGUGUAUUGCCCUAAUGCAAGCUACUAAGUAGCAUAAUAAUAAUAAUAAUAAUAAUAAUAAUAAUAAAAGUUUUAAAAAAUACAAAAAAAAACAUUGUAAUGUAUCUUAUCACUACCUAUAGAAGGAGUCAUGCUUUGAAAGUAUUUGUAACGCGGUUUUGUUGUCGUAUGUUGCUGCUUAUUUUUCUUGGAAAAAAAAAUCCCAACAACUGAAACUGCCUAGAUAAGAACGCACAGUAUUGUAUGAUUUUAUUGUGCUUAUAAUGUAGUUUAGGACUUAAAUUGCACUGAAUGUAUAGUUAUCUAUUUGUCUUGACUUAUCUGUUAAUGCAACAUGCUCGAAAUGACACCAACACUCACAAAAAAAAGUAUCAUUUGUUUUAUGUAAACCCAUCGUCCUCUGCGUGUUCCAAACUCUGAAUGUAGCAAUUUCUGCCAGAAACCCAAUUCUGGUCGCCGUGGAUUUGUAUUGUAUACGUGAGACAUUACGUAAAUAAACAAUAAAAAUUGAGGGGGAAAAGA